UGCGCGCGGCGCCACAGCCGCCACCGCGGGAGCCCCAGACCCGCGCCUCCCUGGCCCGGGCGGCCGGCGGCGGCAUGCGCUGCGCGCGGCGGAGCUGACGGCGGCCGCCGGCCCCAUGUCCUUCGCCAUGCUGCGCUCGGCGCCACCCGGCCGAUACCUGUACCCUGAGGUGAGCCCGCUGUCGGAGGACGAGGACCGUGGCAGCGAGAGCUCAGGCUCCGACGAGAAGCCCUGCCGCGUGCACGCGGCGCGCUGCGGCCUCCAGGGUGCCCGGAGACGGGCCGGGGGCCGGCGGGCGGGGGGCGGCGGCCCGGGGGCCGGGGGGCGGCCGGGCCGCGAGCCCCGGCAGCGGCACACGGCGAACGCGCGCGAGCGGGACCGCACCAACAGCGUGAACACAGCCUUCACGGCGCUGCGCACGCUCAUCCCCACCGAGCCGGCCGACCGCAAGCUCUCCAAGAUCGAGACCCUGCGCCUGGCCUCCAGCUACAUCUCGCACCUGGGCAACGUGCUGCUGGUGGGCGAGGCCUGCGGCGACGGGCAGCCGUGCCACUCGGGGCCCGCCUUCUUCCACGCAGCGCGCGCCGGCAGCCCCCCGCCCCCGCCCCCGCCGCCACCCGCCCGCGAUGGCGAGAACGCCCAGCCCAAACAGAUCUGCACCUUCUGCCUCAGCAACCAGAGAAAGUUGAGCAAGGACCGAGACAGAAAGUCGGCGAUUCGGAGCUAGAGGCGGAUGCCGCUGGGCCGUCCACGGAGAGCCCCCAUGGACCUGACUCGGGCACAGGCCUCCCCGAGGGCGCCCCCCUGGCCAGCCCCACCCCCUGCUAUGAGGGGGGGCGGAUGGACAGACAGGCAGCAGGACUCGGAGCUGGCCCCAGCACUGGCCCAGGCCCACUGGAACUUUCCGUGCUGGCUUCCUCCCGGCUUUCUUCUGGUCACUAUGUGCUGGCAUCUUGUGUCUUUGAUAUGAUAAUAUAAAGUCUGGAAAUUUUGUAUAAUUAAAAAAAAAAAACAGUAUCUUUCAAACACGGAUGCACACUGUUCUCUUGAACGGUUCCAAAUCUAUACUGAGCCGCAGCCCAAGCCCACACUUCCACCCUCAGGGCUAUUCUCUUUUCACAACCCGUCCUCCCUGGGCCUGAGGCACCCAGUUCUUGGGUAAGGCCCCCACUUCCCAGGGCUCAGGGCCGCCCCUCCCUGAACCUCCUGCCAGGUGUUCAGGUGCUCUCGGCCCCUACCCACAGAGCCCCGAGAAGUGGACAUGCUAGGAGGGUAAGCGAGGGCCACUGUCUGGCAGAGCGAGUUCCCAGGUCUGGAAGUCUGGACAGGCCUGAGGGUGUGGACCAGAUGGCCGCUGCCAUGUGUACCCCUGGGGGCCCACCCCAAGGCCCACUCCUGCCCCUAUGAGCUAUGAGAGGAGAGGCCCCAGGCCUCUGCCCCCAGCCCUACCAUCGGCCCUCACAGCACUGCUUACACCAGGAGGACCCCUGGCUGCGCACCACUGCCCCCACUCACCUCCCCCAAAGGCCCCACCUGCCCAUGAGGAGGGCAAUUCAGGCCUCUCCAUGAACUGUGCACAGCUGGCUGACCAUUAAAAUCCUG